UAUUUAUUAAUGUCUUUUCAUCAGCGUCAAUGAGCAAUUGACUGUCAACAAAACAAGGCGAGGCAGAUCGAAAAUCUUUUAUUGUUUCAAAAGGAGACCCAAAGGGUGCCAGCAUAAAGCAGCUUUUUUCAGACAGAAUUAAUAACAUUAGCUCACAUUGCACCACCUAAUUAUUAUUAUUAUUUUUUUUUAAACUAUUUUGUAAGGUUUAAUAUGCCAUGGUAUCUCUUUACAACCUUCAUGACUACCAAUCUGCUCUCGCAUUGUAGAUUUUAGACGUUAGGAAAAUAGUUGUUACUAUUAAAACAACAUCUUACUUGGUGCCAAAGUCACCAAACUGUAAAGUGUUUCUCACUUUGUUGCCUCUUGUUACUCUUAGGGUUUUAGGUAAAAUAAAGUCUUCUAUCAGUUUAAAAUGUUAUGGUUCAAUCCAAAAUCCUCUACCUGUCAAAGUGUCCAUGUCCAACACCAGGAAACCUCACUGUGUGCCACAUGUGGUCACUGUAGAUAAAAAGCUGCAUAUUGUUAUACAAUAUAAAAAAAAACAAUACCAAUGCUUAGUCCCAUUAAACUUAACAUUACCUAGUUAAAGCAACAGAGAUGAUGAAGAGCAUUGACGAUUGUCUUUAUUCUUAUCUCGGUUCCAGUUUCUCUUGGUCUGCUUCCCGAAUGGACCGAAACAUGAUCACUGUGAUGACGGGGCAGGUGGUGGAUGCCUUUGACAGAGACUUCCGUGAGCUGUACGCCAUAUCCGAGAAGUUGGACCUCUACAAGGAGUUCCACGUCAGUCCCCCUGCUGCUAACGUCACCGCCACUAUUCGCUCCAAAUUGGAGCCCAAACGCCCUCCGUUACCGGCGACCACAUCCCGUUUCCAGGUCAGCCUCGGAGACUCUCGGAAUGUUGAAAUCCAGGUUCCUGCCCACAAAUACUACAAUCCCAAAUACUCGCUGCUGUUCGGAGGUUCUGCACUUCCUGCAAGAUCUCUGCAUGACGAAAGACCAAAGCCGGGUCUCGCAGAUCUUCAUGAAGAGGAGGGAAGGCCUCGAGUGGCCAGCAGUCUUAAGCUAGAUCCUCAGAGUCCGUUGUCCUCAGAGGCCCCAAGUGAGAACUUCAAGACGUCAAACAAAGUAUCUCUGGGGAAAAAGAGAGGCUUUACUUGGAAGUUGCCGAGAAAAAAAUCUCAGAGUAAGCUUUCUGUUAAAAAUAUAGGAAGUGCUUCACCGACAGAGACUCAUCCCAAUGAAUUGGAAGACGGUGCCACGGUGGUUGUGGUAACCCCGACCAAAGGGAGUAAGAAGCUUUCUAAACUGGACCAAAGAACGCUGUCUCAGCAAACUGUCACCACGUCACAUGACAAAGAAAGUUUGAAGAGUCGUCGUCAUGGAAAAUCAGGAUGUAAAAUAUCCUAAGCUGAACUUGUUUGACACUUUUAAUAGUGUACAGUUACAUGAUCUUAAAACAGAUGAGGAAAUGACUUUAAUGAAGAUGGUGUGGCACACUGCAGCGUUAUGCACGUUUGAAUGAAGACCAGAUGAAUGUCCAGUCCUUCAGGUUUUUAUCUACUGGUUUCACAUCUGGAGCCUAAUGUACCAUGAGGCUGAUCUGGCAGAAUCUCUGGAAUCACAUAUUUGUGUUGAGGCCUUUUUAACCCAUCUUGUUAUUGGACUGGGUUUGUUUUUUAUUUUUAUUUUUUCUUGCAAACAUGGGUGAAGUUUUUAAAGUUGUUCAGGGAAUGUAUUUAUGUGUCACACUUGUUUAUCUAAAUUGCAAAGUAAGAAAAACCACAUUUAUUCCUAGAGAAAUAUUGUUUGGUUUCAGAUUUAAAUUAGUUGCGAUGAGUUGCAUCUUAAAAUGUUUUUUCAAACCUAUUCAGCCACGCUGACUCUUCCAAAUAUAUCGAGCAUAUAUUUCUAUGAUGAAUCCUGGUUUGCAAAACAGUUUAUACACUACUGAUAUUGCAGCCAACAGACUACAGAUUAGAUUUGUAUUUAUUGAAUCCGGUCAUUUUUACUUUUGUUUUUGCCCACAUAUAUGAUUAUGUACUGAACGAUGACUCCACCACACUUCUGCCCAUGUGUGUUGCCUUUCUUUGCCGUUUGUAGAUAGACGACGUUAAGAAAAUAGAAUUGGUAUCUGCUCAACUGACACAUUAACUUUCCUAACAAUGGGAAAUAAUUUAAAGUAGAGGUGUUUAAAGAGACAUAGACAUGCUUUUUAAUGCUGAAGAUGAGCUACUCUUGAGUUACUACAAACAGUGUGUGAAGUUUAACGGUUAACUGCUCUUAUUUAUAAUAGCAACCAUUCAGAAGUCCAACUAUAGCGUAAAGGAUAUGUUUCAAGAUUAAUUUGACAUUUUUAUCCAGAAUCCUCUGUCUUCUUUUCAGCAGCAUGAUCAGCCUCUGGUAUUUGUCUUGACUCCGGAUGGCGCUACAUAAAAAAAAAGUUCCCUUUUAUUUGAAGUAGGCAGCCCUCAUUUGCAUGGUGUGUGUUUACAGUGUGUGAAAGUUCAUGGUAGCAUUCAUGUUUUUUCUUUUUCUUUUUUUUAUCAGAGAAUUGCUUACCAUCAGAUUACUCUCAUCUUGGUGACAGGAAGAUGCGAUACAGCAGCAGAUGUCAGUUGAUAGAAAAGCGUGUAAAGAUAUACACCAGCACAACAACAUGGUUGGUUUUAUUUCUGUGCACUUGAAAUAAAACCACUCCAUUAAGUUGUACUAAACUUAAAAAUUAUAUACUGUGAUUACCUUUAGCAGACUUUUAACUGUUUUUGCACCAUUUCGCACAAGUAACUUUGAACCUUUUUGAUUUUUGUGUUACAUUUUGAUUCACUCAGAGUAGAAAACAAGAGAUCCUCACUUAAAUCAACAGACACUGUUACCCAUUUAGUGGCAUGUUGGGUUGUUGGAUAUAGACAAAGGUUUGAUGUCUAUCAUUUAUUGUUUUUGUGGGUUUCAAUAAAUCCGUUAUCCACCGAGUCUA